AUGGCAGAUAUUGAACAAGUAGUGGAAGAAGUUUUGAAACAAGUUGGUGUUAAGUGUUUCAAGGAUGAACAGCGGAUGAUUUUGGACUGCAUGUUUGAGAAAAAGGACUGUGUCGCCGUGUUACCAACAGAUUUUGGGAAAUCGCUCCCAUUUCAAGCGUAUUUACCAGUGAAGAGAGCUUUACUCCGCACAGGCAAGGAGACCGAUGAAUUGAUAGAGGCAGGAAAAGUAGUCAUCAUCCAUGCAUCUCCCGAGUCAUUAGUUGGAGACGGCCAAUGGAUAUCAACAAUACAAAGACUUAAUGUAACCGACAUCGUAGUAGAUUAA